UCAUUGGCGCAUGUUCCUCGCGCGGUGCUUGGCCUGGUCAUCUUCAGGGGGCUCGGCUGCAGAGCGUCUGUUCCUCCAUUGUUUCAUCUUGCCUUUUUUCCUCUGCCCUCGCCAAGCACACCUCGGUCUGGGGCUCCCGUCCAGCAUGAUUCGCACUGCCCCGCGAAGGCUGCUGGCCCGAUCGCCUCUCUGGCUCCCCGCACGCUGCCUGAGCUCAGACGGCCGCUCGCAUUGGCAUGCCUCGCUCUUCCUCGAGCCUCGCAUCCGCCAGGAGCUCGGCAAGCAACCGCAGAAAUCAAAGCGCCAUCCCCUGUUGAAUAUUCUCGUCGACAGCUUGCGCAUCUCCAGCUAUCCCUUUCAGAACUCGGCGGCAGUCGCCCGUGUGGUUACCCGCCUUGUGUAUUCGCCCCUGCCGCCCGGUACCUCCAAGACAGUAUCGCCGAUCCCUUGCGACUCGACAAUCUUUGAGUCCUCUCCAACACCAGAAUGCAAUCUCUCGCGCUUUGCCAAGGCCUAUCCGGCCCAGGACAUUCCGGGCCACUGGAUCGACGCAACAAACUCGGACCCGAGCAAGAUCAUUCUAUACAUGCACGGCGGGGCUUACUUUCUUCUAUCGCCUCGUUCGCACCAAAUCCUGACGGGGCUGUUUGCACGGUUCACGGGAUCCAGAGUGCUCUCCAUCGACUACAGCCUGGCCCCAGAACGACCGUUCCCAUGUGCCCUCCGUGACGCCAUCUCGGCAUAUCGAUUUCUGAUCGACCCACCGCCUGGAGCAACCCACCCCCGAUACGAUCCGAAGAAUAUUGUCUUUGCUGGCGACUCGGCGGGCGGUGGGCUGGCCAUCGCAGCGGCCCUGUGGCUCCGAGACGACGGACGAUGGCCGCUUCCCGGCGGACUCGCGGUGAUGUCGCCAUGGCUCGAUUUGACCCAUUCAAUGCCGAGCUUCGAUGAUCAUGUCCUGUUGGAUAUCUUGCCGAAGCUGAAUCAAAACCCAGAGAAGAGGCACUUUUAUACCACCAACGACCUCCUGGACCAUCCAUAUGUCUCGCCUCUGUUUGCAACAAAGAUUCCGACCAAGCCUCUCCCGCCAACCCUGAUCACCGUUGGCAGUGCCGAGCGGCUUCGCGACGAAGGCAUCAUGUUCUGGUCAAAGUUCAAGGGCCGCUGCUUGCCGGAUGACCGUCUGGAUGCACCGCACCAAGUGGUGAUCGAUCCAGAGAACAUGUCAGACUCAGGGUCCGAGAGCGACACCGAGGACGUCCGCAUCGAAGUGUACCAAGACAUGCCUCAUGUGUUCCAGAUGUUUCCGUUCGAGCGACUGGCACGGAUGUCGGUCCGCCGGAUCUCAGAUUUUAUUACGGCUGUCCAAAGGACGGAUACUGGCUCAUCAAAGGUCGAUACAUCGAGUCCUGGCGCACCAGGCUCCAAAGCAUCCAGUCCCGAUGGGUCGUGUGCAAGAGUCGGCGGUUCUGGUCGGAAUCGGAUCACGUUCAUUCGGCACAAUGGCGAUGUUGUCGUUUGAGGUGCUGCAAUGAUGUCUAGGGUUCUUCUACCACCUCCAGCUGUCCUAGACCCGUCACUAUAUCUGUCACAACAGUGACUGUUUGCUCUGGCGCUGUACAGUCGGUCCAGAAAAAAACGGGACAGUUCCUUCCUGGCUUCAGAUCUCUGGACCCUGCUGAAUGACUGUAGGCCCAGCGGGUAGGCCAUGGCAUUGCACUCCUG